UUCCCCUAUGUAUGUCCCAAGGCCAGAGCUCUUUCUGUGGUUGGAGAGGGCGUCACUUCCUAACUCCUUGCUUCAAUUUUUCCAGCCACAGCUAGGCCAGAAAUGCAGAAUGGUAAAACCAGAUUUAUAGGCAGAGGGAGCCCAUCCCAAGCUGGGCCAGGGUGGAGUCCUGGCCUUGGACUCCAUCUCCAUCCCAGUCCUCCCAGAGCCGUUAGGGGAGCCUCCUGAGGGAGGAAGCUGGGGGUGGUCAGAGGGCACAUCCUGUGACAUUGGUCCAGGGAGGCUGUGCCAGCUGGAGACAGCACUUGAACAUGGCUCAAGGAGAGCAGUGGGCCGGAUGUGCUCCACGGCUAGGGGCUUCCAAAGCCGCGGUGGCAGGGCUGACCCAGGCUGGGGAAAUGCCCCACACAAGGAGGGUCUUGGCUCUGCUGUGUCCAGGGCACCAGUUGGGGGGGAAGGCGGAAAGCCAAGCAAGGCAAAAAUGUGGUGGGAGAAAAAGGGAUAAAGAAAGGUGACGGUACUGAUUAAGUCCAUGGUCACUUGCUGAACGCCUCUCCGAUGCCAGCCCUGUGCUAGUGAGUUCCAACCCCUGCCUCACAGAGAAGACAAGCCAGUCUUACAAGGUGACUCCACUCAAGGAGACAGGCACCGAGGCUGAAGAGUGGCCUUCUGUGAGAGCUGGGGGUUAGGGCAAGAGUUACACUAGGCUAGCAGCCUGGGUAGUCUUCUGGGAAGGGAGAAUUGGGGUUGCAUUUUAAAGGAUAUGAUUUCUAAAUUGUAAGGAGGCCAGCAUAAUUAUUUUUCACUAGGAGUGAUCUCAGAUGCUAUUCUUGGUUUUACAUUUUGAAAGCUGGUGUGGCUUUUUGGGGCAACAUUUGAGCUUGUUUAUUUGUUCACUAGUCACGGCUGCACGGGGGCAGCGUGCUCAGUACGGCUGGGCCACGGGCCACCUACACGUGACUCUGUCCCAAGGGCCCUUGGCUAGAGAGAAGGGCAGCUACAGGACUGAUGUGGCACGUGGAGGAGAACAGGUGAUGGAGACACAGACAGGGUCAGAGGAAAAUGGACAGGGGUAGGACAGGCUUCAUGGAGUCUUGAUCAGGGGUAUUCCAGCAAAGGUUUAAUAAUCAGCUCUCAGGGAUAGAGGUGGUGGUGCGGGGCAUUUGCAAGAAGGAGAGGAAGCUCCAAUUUGUAGCAUUUGCAACGGUAGAAAUAGCCUCCCCAUGAUCAAUUUCAAGCUACCAACUUAACAUCCCCAAAUGAGGAAUUGGUUAAUUCUACGAUCGUUUGUUGGAUGCCUCCCAGAUGUUGCAUAACUGGCUCUCACAAGCCUGUGGGAGCUGUUCUAGCAUAUUAACGACUUUGGAUAUUUUCUGCCACUGGUUACUAAGGUCAGAAGUUCCGCUACCAGAGGCCCAUCCUUCAACUUCAGGUAUUGCUGGAUAAACCAAAUGAAUUCAGGCAUAAAGAAAAGUGAACACAAAAAACAAAAACCCCAGUGAAUCCAGAGGAACAGAGCUCCAGAACUGGGCGUGUCCUCUCAACAUGGCCUCCACCACCUCCCCUCUGCCGCCCACCACCGAGGUUGCAAGUUCUGAGAACAGCAGCUCCUUCUAUGACUAUGAGUACUACCUGGACCAGGUGGCUUUCAUGCUCUGCAGAAAGGAUGAGGUGGUAGCCUUUGGCAAGAUCUUCCUGCCAAUCUUCUACAGCCUGAUCUUUGUGCUGGGUUUGGGCGGGAACCUCCUCCUUCUAGUGGUCUUGCUUCGGUAUAUACCUCGCAGGCGGAUGACUGAGGUCUAUCUGCUGAACCUGGCCAUCUCCAACCUCCUGUUUGUGGUGACACUGCCUUUCUGGGGUAUUUCCGUGGCCUGGCAUUGGGUCUUUGGGAGUUUUUUGUGCAAGAUGGUGAGCACCCUCUACACCAUCAACUUCUACAGUGGCAUCUUCUUCAUUAGCUGCAUGAGUCUGGACAAGUACCUGGAGAUUGUCCAUGCUCAGCCCCACCACAGGCUGAGAACCCGGGCCAAAAGCCUGCUCCUGGCUGCCACGGUAUGGGCUGUGGCCCUGGCCGUCUCCAUCCCUGACAUGGUCUUUGUGCAGACACAUGAAAACCCCACAGGUGUGUGGAACUGCUAUGCAGAUUUUGGGGGUCAUGCGACCAUCUGGAAGCUCUUCCUGCGUUUCCAGCAGAACCUCCUGGGGUUUCUCCUUCCGCUCCUUGUCAUGAUCUUCUUCUACUCCCGCAUUGGUUGCGUCCUGGUCAGGCUGAGGCCCCCAGGUCAGGGCCGGGCUCUAAGGACCGUCAUAGCGCUGGUGGUGGCCUUCUUUGUGCUGUGGUUCCCGUACAACCUCACCUUGUUUCUGCACUCACUGCUGGACCUGCAAAUCUUUGGGGAAUGUGAGGUUGCCAAGCGGCUAGACUAUGCUCUGCAGGUGACCGAGAGCAUCGCCUUCCUUCACUGCUGCUUCACCCCCAUUCUCUACGCUUUCUCCAGCCGCCACUUCCGCCAGUACCUGAAAGCUUUCCUCAUCACUGUGCUCAGGCGUCAUCAGGCACAUGGCCCAGCACAGGCCCCACUGUCCAGCUGCUCUGAGAGUAGCAGGCUCACAGUCCAAGAAGAAAUGACUGGCAUGAAUGACCUCGGGGAGAGGCAGGCUGAGCUCUCCCCCAGCAAGAGUGAUAUGGGGGAAAAUUAAGCCUGAGUGACCAUACCACAGUCUGGCGAGAGUGGAUGGGACCUAGCUCUGUUGGGCAUCCACCCAAAGCCGUCUUACCAGAAGCUUCAGGGACCAUGUUGCCACACCCUGUGGUCGUCCAGGAAACCAGACUCUCGUGCACGAAUUGCUAGAGUAGCUUCCCAACCGACUGCUGUGCUUCUUGUCAUCAUGCUCUCCUGUCAUCUGAUCUGCACCCACAGGCCAGAAUGAUUACCUCACCCGCAGCCAUCACUCCAGUCUUCCUCAAAGUACCCCAGAUUUGCCAUCCACCAUUUGGCUCCCUUCCCUGGAGCUGAGCUGGGGAAGAACUGCUGCAAUAUUGUUUAAUGUCACAGUGUUGGUGGUGGCUCCAAGGGUCUGGGAAGCAGGAGGGGUGGGAAGGGUUCCACUACAGGGGCCCGGGGAACUUCCCUGGAAUGUGAGGGUUGGCAGGUGGGAGGCAGAGUGAACACGUGUUCCCAAUAGUCCAGGAGGAUCACCCUCCCUCUGCUUCCCAUGUCCCCUCCCUGAAGCCUUCGGGGGUCCCUAGGGCCUGCACAAUCAAGUCUAAAGUCUUUGUCCAGCUUCAAGACUGGAGCUUUCACAAGGAGAAUCCCAUUUACCAGCUUGACCUUAUACUCCUUCUUUACUUCUCAUUUCCUGGACACCAGGCACCCCUUGUUUCUUUUCUUUUUUCUUUUCUUUUAAGAUUCUAUUUAUUUAUUUGCAGAGAGAAAUCACAAGUAGGCA